AUGUGUGUCUUACAGUCGGCUUUAAAGGCCAAUGGUUCACCCCUGAAUAUAUUUGAAGACCGAGAUUUUCUACAGACGAAAACGCCAUUGGACGCCGUUAUGAAGGAGCGGUCUGCUGUUGGACUUUGUGCAUCAAAUCGGAAGAGUGCUGAUAUAAUUACUAUUGAUGAGGAAAAUACGUUAUGGCAAAUGGGUUUGCUGGGCACAGAUAAUCCCAAAAAGUUAUUAAACACAGUAUUAUAUUUAACAGCCCUAAAAACUCUGCCAAACCAGCUUUCUAUUUCACCCCAAUGGCUAAUCAUAAAUCCAAUGGUAAAUGGUUUAGUACGGUACCAAUUGGUCACAAUUCAUUAUUAUCAGUUUAUUAUCAAACAGAUGUGUGCUUAUGCUGGUUUCCAGGGAAAUCGUAGUAACCAUUCUCUAUGGGCCACUACAGCGACAAGACUUUUCAGAGCCCGGGUCUACGAGCAACUUAUUUGCGAACAAACCGGACACAGAAGUAAUGUGGUUAGGUUAUACAAACGGACAUCUGAUGAGCAACUAGCAGAAAUGUCCGAUGCUAUAAAAGCACAACAAUGGAGAAAACUGUACCUACCGAGACAAUUUCUGUUCUGUCUUCGUUUUUAG